AUGGAACGCUCCUAUUUUUUAUCCCACUCAUCUGGGAGAUCAGGGAGGUCAAGGCCCGAGAUGGUGUCCAUCCCGAAUUCCAUCAUCUUCUUCUUCUUUGAAGGUUUCCUGUCACUCGAGUCUGAGGAUUCUGAGGAAGAGUCCGAGGUGCUUGAUGAGCUAGACGAGCUGGAGGAAGAACGUCUUCGGCCCGACUUCACUUUCCGAUUUGAGGAGGAUGACUCAGAGGAUGAAGAGGUCGAGGAUGAGUCACUGGAGCUGUCCGAGCUGGACGAGGAUGAGCUUGAGCUCGAACUCGACAAAGAAGCCUUUAUGGCCUCAAUGUCCUCAUGUUCGAUUGCAUACAACAAGCGGUCCAUUAAAGGAGCGGAGGCCCCGAGUCUAGCCACCGCAGCAGGGGCAUUAGGAUUGGCGGAUCUCCCCUCUCCAGUAGAGACGUUCGAGGCAUUUAACAAAGCCGGGGCUGUGUAA